UUGAUUCACCUUCACCUGUACAGAUCCCUAGCUGACCCGAGUGGGAAGCCAGGAAGGCAAAGCAAUAAAACAUGAAUGGAAGAGCGAAUUAUUUGGUCACUGAAGAAGAGAUCAAUCUUACCAGAGGACCUACAGGGCUGGGCUUCAACAUCGUCGGUGGGACAGAUCAGCAGUAUGUCUCCAAUGACAGUGGCAUCUUCGUCAGCCGCAUCAAAGAGAAUGGGGCUGCGGCCUUGGAUGGGCGGCUCCAGGAGGGUAAUAAGAUCCUCUCGGUGAACGGCCAUGACUUAAAGAAUCUGCUGCACCAGGAUGCUGUAGACCUCUUUCGUAAUGCAGGCUAUGCUGUGUCCCUGAGAGUGCAGCACAGGGUGCAGAAUGGACCUGUAGGACGCCGAAGUGAAGGAGAGCCAAGUGGCAUCCCCAUAGCCAUGAUGCUAGUGCCAGUGUUUGCCCUCACUGUGGUAGCAGCCUGGGCCUUCAUGAAAUACCGACAACAACUUUGACAAGCUCGCUUUCCUCCAGUGCCCCUGAUGAAGAUACAUUUCUCUCUUUCUGUCAUCCUCCUCCCUUAAAUCCUCCCGUAUCUUUCCCUCUCUCUGCAUAGCCAACACAUGAUUUAAAGUGACUGAUACCCACC